AUGGAUGCAGCUGCGUUGUUAUGCAAUAUCUGCCCGAAGCGUCCCACAUUCAGCGAUGUAUCUCAUUUGCUGACCCACGUCGCAUCAAAAGCCCAUCUCUCCCAUUAUUUCAAGCUUCAAGUACGCAGUCACCAAGAAAAACAAGCGGUUGAUCUACUGGACGAGUAUGACCACUGGUACAAGACCAAUAAUCUGGCGAGACUGCUUUCGGAUCGAAUGUCCUCAAAGGAGGCCCGAAGAAAGAAGACGUCGGCAAAGCUUAUCACUCAGGUAGAGGUCAAAAUCGAGAAACCAAACGUGCCUCUAUCUGUCCUCCCCUCAGCUCAAAAUCCGUUGCCUGACUAUCUGGACCCACGUCUCGCCGAUGCCUGCAUUGAACAACCAUUGGGACCUUCAGAUAGCGGGCCAUCCUCCUCGGUGUCAUACGUUGCUCGAACCGAUCCCUCUGUCCAUACAUGUCAGAGUUACUACCACACAAUGCAUGGACUGAGCUCUGGAAGGCUUGUACCCUCUAUUUGGAAACACGAGCCCAAAGGUGAUGCAGAUGAUGACGGCUUUCCUGUUUCACCGUACUGGGCGAGCAUAAGAGAGAGCGGAACGGGUCCGGAUUCAACGACGACGAACCAUGGGUACAGCAGUGAUCCCUUUAUGGAUGAGGGUGAGAGUAUCGAUGGCCAUCAUCCUGGCCUGCUGGAUAAGGAGAGAGCGGAUGAGAUGGCUAGACUGAAGGGUGUGCUGUGGCCCGGUAUGGACAUCUUCGACUCAGCCACAGAACAAAUGAGGCGUCGACGCAACCAGAAGAAGGAUGAGAGCAUUUUGAGGAGGAUGGAGAAGACGUCCUUGUGCGUUGAGCCGACGGAGCUUGUCUUCUCGCCGACUGGAAUCCUACGCAGGCAACGGGUGAUUUCUGGCAAUGUCGAGGACAGUAGUCCCCUCAAAGGAGAAACACCUAUUCUCAAACGUCGAGUUACCCGCCCCAAAAGGGUCCUCUCUCAGCUUGACGUUAACAUCCAUCGUCGGCAAAUCGGACCAAACAAGAAGAGAAACAAGAAAUUUGUGAGGCAAAAUGUGAAUGGUACAGCUGAGCGUUCGACCCAGAGUUCUGCACAAACGUUCCAGGGCCCCCUAGCUUCUCAUAUGCCUGUUCACCGGAGUAGCUGCCUGAACGAACAGUCCGAAAUAGGCCCCUCAAAGAGAAGAAGCGGACUCAAACACCGCAACGACUUCGCCGUCUAUCGCGACGAGUCGGCAGGGCAUCGACGAGGCCCGAGAAACCAGCAUGCUGGCGAUGGAUUGCCGUACACAACAUCUGCUGUUCCCCAUCCCAUCUUCCUGCUACGCGAAUACACAGACCGAGCUGAUGCCUAUGGCACCGAUAGUCAUGUAUCGGCGUUCACUGGAAGGGUCGAUGGCCACGCCAUGGAUAAAGAAAACAUCGAACCUCUCUUUGAUGCUUGUGACCGCAUUGACUCUCCUAUCGAUUGGCAUUCCCCGCCUGUGAAACAGCAACUGGCCAAUGACAUAGGCUACCCACCACAGCUCUUCUACCAGAAUGCUCAAUCUGCUGGUUUGAGCCCAUUUGGAAGUCAUGAUAGUUCUGCAGGAUACCACUACAAUCCGCUGUCAGUUUCGCUAAGUAGAUUGCCUGCUGAGGAAAAUCAAGUGUAUUCCGUGGACUCACAGGCAGGAGCCGACUACAAGAUGCGCCCUGAUUCUCCAGAAGGCACAAUUUCGGACCUUGACGAAGGUGAAUUUGAACGACUCUACCUACCUGGGAGCUUUUGUUAG